CUCCAUCUGAGCUCCAACACGCUUCACUGAUCUCCAGCGUGCUGCAGAGAUGAGUGACUCUUACUUUUCUUUAGGGUCAAUGGAAACCUCUUCUAAGGAUCUGAGGAUCAUCCUGGUGGGGAAGACUGGAGUGGGGAAGAGUGCAUCAGGAAACACCAUCCUGGGGAGAGAGGAGUUCACAUCUGAGCUCUCUCCCUCCACAGUAACACAGCAGUGUGAGAAGGGGACAGGAGAGGUGUCAGGGAGGAGUGUUGCUGUGAUCGACACUCCAGGCCUGUUUGACACAGAGCUGUCCAAUGACAGGGUCACAGAUGAGAUAGUGAAGUCUAUGUCUCUGUCCUCCCCGGGACCCCAUGUGUUCCUGGUGGUCCUCCAGCUGGGCACAAGGUUUACACAGGAGGAGAAGGAGACAGUGAAACUGAUCCAGAAGGCCUUUGGAGAGAGAGCAGCAGAUUACACCAUGGUGCUCUUCACACAUGGAGACACACUGAGUGGAAAAACUAUUGAGCGUUAUAUUGAGGAAAACAAAAACCUCAAUGACUUUGUCAAACAAUGUAACAAUAGACACCAUGUCUUUAACAAUAAGAAUAAGGAAGACCGCUCCCAGGUCACAGCUCUGAUCAACAAGAUAGAGCAGAUGGUGAGAGAGAACGAAGGAAGCUACUUCACCAAUGACACGUACCAGGAAGCAGAGAGGGCCAUCAGGGAAGAGAAGGAGAGAAUCCUGAGGGAGGAGAAUUGGGAUUGGCAUUCAGAUGAGGAAAGGCUUCUCUUUGAGGAGAACGCCAGAGAUCGAGCAGAGAGAAACAACUCAUUUCUGCGGAGAUUGGGUAUUGUGGCUGGUGCAGGAGUAGGAGCAGCAGGGAUAGGAGCAGCAGUGGGAUUACUGGGGGGGCCACCAGACGGUCACUCUACUCCCAGCUCUGCACUGGAAGACGGACGCCUGGAGGCCCGCAGGCCCGCCUACCACCAAGUCGCCCUAUGCCUGCGUCCAGACCCUGCUGAUUCUGGGGCUCAGAGCGCCUGA